AGUUCAUUCUGCUCCUGCUGCCUUCCCCACAGACACACAGACAGACAGAGAGAGAGAAAAGGCACCGGAGCCGCUCAUAUCGCCGCAAUGACUUACAGACUGGAUUCUACACUGGAUUUUAGCACCUGGAGUUGUUACCACUUAUUUAGUUGUUGAAGUUUGUUCGUUUGUCUGCCGUCUAAAUGCUGUCACUGGGCAAAAUGCACUCCAGAGCCAAGUCCCGCAGUUGUGACAACUACCUGAGUAUUAAGGACACUGAGUCUUUGGACAGCUGCAUCCAGAGCACCUUGUCGGCCCUGUACCGCCCCUUCAGUGCCACCGCUGCCACGGUCCUGUGGCAGCUCUUCAGCGUGGUGGAACGGCAGUACCGAGGAGACGGCCUCCGCUGCCUCAUUGACUUCUUGCUUCCUGCCAAAAGAAUCCUGCAGAUCAUCCAACAAGAAACCUAUGUCAGGUUCAGAGGACUGCUGUUCUAUCAUGAGGGGUGGCCUCUCUGCAUCCAGGAGAAAGUCGUCCUGCAGCUCGCCCCUCUGCACAAAGUGCGACUAAAGCAAGGAGACUUUUACUUACAGAUUGUUCCCUUGGGCCGCAAGACUGCAAAGCUAGUAAUAAAAUGCCUGUCGGUCAGUGGGCAGGCCAUCGCAGAAGUCACCGUUGCAGAGAGCAUGUAUGGCAGUGUCUUCACAGCUGAGUUCUUGCAGAAUGUAACACGUGAGCGUAACCUGCACCCACUACAGAACUGUCUUCUCACCACUGGUACGGCUGUGUACAGGACGCCGUGGAAGAACGUGGUCCACCCACUUUUUGUCAGCAGCACGGCAGACGCCAUUAUGCAAGCGCGCUGCAGCAGGGGCGGCUUCCGCGGCCAUCUCAGCACCUGCAGCACCAGUGGAUCCACGGGGACUCUGGACAGCCACCGCAGCUCCAGAGAGUCAUUGCACUCCCAGGGAGCUGACUCCAUCUUCUCUGAGGCCACCUCCCCAAACGGAAACCACGCAGAACCCUGCGGUGAGAACCACGGUGUCGCUUCACAUGGCACCACAAUCGAAAGAGUCUCCACCGAAGAGUGUGAAAUAAGAGGCGAGGACAGUGGUGGGAGAGAGAGGGGGCCAGGGUCCAAGACGCUAUCGUUCAGUACGGACCUCAGUAACCCGGGCCCCCAACGACGCCUCCCACGGGACUCUGUUGCAUUUGAGAGCAGGAGACUUUUCAGGAAAUCCUACAUGGAGGCCCUGCAGAACCCCAUGAGCCUCGGCUCCAGCAGCGAAUCCAUUCUGGAGGAAAGCCCAGAGGCCGGAGCUGGUCUGAGAGACGGCUCAGUGACACCAGGCAGCAGCCCCGACACCCGGUCUUCUUCCAGAGAACAUUUAUCUCGGCGGCUGGGUACCCGGAGCUGGCUGAGUGGUGAUGACUCGCGACCCAGCACGCCUUUACUUUACUUACAGAGGGGGUUGAGGAGCGCAGAGAGACGCGCAGACAGACGCUCAAAGUCACUGGAGAGGACUAACAAGGCGGGACAGGUCAAAGGCCACCGGGAACGAUCCUCUUCUGGUGGCUCGGCUGGCACCACCCCCAAAAAGCUUAUAAAUGGCUACGCUAUUCGUUUUGGGAAGCUGGAUUUGGAGGCCGCUUUUCCUGGCUCUGAGAGGAGAAACAGCAAAGAGGAGUCAGGACAGCGCGUUGACACCAUCAGCAGUGAGAGCAGACGGCACAGGCUCAGUGUCGAAGAGCCCUGCAGUCCAAAAGCCACCAAUGGGACGGCCAUCAGGCCGGCCUCAGCAUCAGGCUCCUACAACGAGAGUCUCUCAGCAACCCCCAAACUGGUGUCGGAGGUCAACGAGGAGCUGCUCGCAUCGGGGGCUUUGAUCCUGCCAGGAAACAGAGAUCGCGGUGGGAGGGCGGUGCUGCAGGUGUGCACUAGAGCUCAGGUGUGGGCAGGUGAGAGCUGCACAGUCAGUGACCUCACCUGUUUAUUGGGCUACUACUAUUCCACGCUGCGGAAAGAAAGGCGUGAUCAAGGCUUAACUGUGGUAAUAGACAGCAGGAGGCAGCAGCCGGUUCCAGCGCUGUUGUCAUCUCUGUCUGAAUUGCAGGCGUCGGCACCAAAUGCACUUUACACUGUCCUCUUCCUGGUGGACAAGGAGACGGCAACCAAAUCUGAGAGAGACAUUGGCGUGCAGACUGAAACGAUGUCAUCUCUGAAAGCCCUGCUGAAGCACAUUGACCAAAACCAGCUCACACGAGAUCUGGAGGGCAACUUCCACUACGACCACAACCACUGGAUCCACUUCAGACAGAAAAUUGACCCAUUCGCCAGCAGUUGCAGCGAAUCCAUCUCCUCGCUGCAGGAGUCCAUCAGCUCACUGAGCAGCAGCGGCAACCCGAAGACCUCGAAGGAGGUGUCUGAGGUAUUGGAACAGCAGAGGCAUCUCAUGAAGAGCGUGUUGGAGGACACCCGUCUAAACCGACUCCGAUUAGAAGGAGGGACUGUCCUCGCCCGCAUCAGGAAGGAAGAGGCCUGUGACAAUGAAAACUACAGAGAUGCUUUCGACACGUUGAAUGCACUGUACAACCAAGUAGACGAGGAAGUCCAUAAGCUUGUGAUACUCUCAAACAAGUCCCAGAAGCGGUUGGAGAGCCUGCUGGAGGUGCGCAUGUUUGAGGAGCAAACGCAACAGAUCAAACUCUGGUUCAGCGUGGAAGGAGAGAAGCAGCUCACACCGCUGGAAUCACUUACUCCGUCUGUGGCCAAAGUUAAGGAGAUGCGAGAGAGCUUGGACCAGUUUCUUGAGGAGUCAGUGAAGCAGCAGAGGCACGGCCUGCAACUGGUGAAAGAGUCACCUGAGUCCCUUCCAGGCUCGGUUCUCCUUGACUUUAAGCAACAUCUGGGCUCCAUCUUAAGCAGAGUGGAGAGGAGGAAGGCCAAGCUAGACAUCCUAACCAACCUGUAUGAAUUCUAUGACUCAGCAAACCAGUGGACUGAGCACUGCCAGGACUAUUUUGCCCACCUAAGUCUAGACACUUCAGGUGUCGGACUUCUGCCGUCUGUGGUGCAGAACCUGCAGGAUUACUACACCGAGGCUUCCAAGUUCUCCACGGACAACUUCAGCACCCUCAACAGCAUGGUGCUCUCCCUGGAAAGCCCUCAGCAGCUGCAGCAGUGGAACACAGUGUGGCACAAGUGCCAGCAGACCAAACAGCAAUUGGAGGAGACUUUGGCCCGAGCCAUGACAGCGGCCCCUAACUCCCCGGCUGUUGACGCGGCGGCUCCGUUAGAGACGGAGGCAGAAAGCCAGACCGCCGCCACACAACAGCACGGGGCGAAGGCAUGUGUGCUCUUACCCGCCGUGAUUACAACGCUAUCUUUUGAGGACAGCAAGCCGCAGUCUGCCGGGCCCUUCUCCAAGAGCCCAAGCAGUUCAAUCGCCUCUUCCUCACACUUCACGUUCCCCGCCGAGUGCGACGGCAAACUGAGGCAGAGUCCGUCCAUGUUCGACGACACGGACAGCGACUGCACCAUCGACUCGACCACCUCCUGCCAGUCUGAGCCCGUCUACUCCGGUGCGGCCCGCCUCCGCAAGCAGCCGAUGAAGAAGAUCAUGAAGAAGACCAUGAGUUACGAGCUGACCGCGAGGGACAACGGCCACUCCGACGUCUGUCACAUUCACGGCUACACGGGCGUCUACAUCAAGGGCCUGGAGGUGGCGAAUAAUGUGUCUGCAGAGAAGAAGCUGCAGAGACCUGACAUAUUGAGCCCUGCAUUGGGACGCAGCCGCAGCAUGUCUACGCCUUCAAGGAUCCACAGCAGGCACAGUGACGGAGAGGGCAAGAAACAGUGCAGUAAAGUACAGCACAUAAUGGAUGAGAUGAUCUCCACAGAGAGGGAGUAUGUUCGCUCUCUCGGCUACAUCAUUGAAAACUAUUUCGCCGAGAUGGAGCGCCUGGACUUGCCACAGGACCUGCGGGGGAAGCGCAGCAUCAUUUUCGGGAAUGUUGAGAAACUGUGGGACUUCCACAGUCAGUACUUCCUGAAGGAGCUGGAGUCAUGCGCCCACUCCCCGCUGUCCAUCAGUAGCUGCUUUCUCAGACACGAGGAUCAGUUUGGAAUGUAUGCUUUGUACAGCAAGAAUAAGCCCCAGUCCGACGCUCUGCUCAGCAGCCAUGGGAACGAAUUCUUUAAGAAUAAGCAAUUGGAGCUCGGGGACAAGAUGGACUUGGCCUCUUACUUGCUGAAGCCCAUCCAGAGGAUGAGUAAAUACGCGCUGUUGCUGAAAGACCUGAUCAAGGAGUGCAGUCAGUCGCAGGAGCAGGAGCUGAGCGACCUCCGUACUGCCGAGGAAAUGGUCAAGUUUCAGCUUCGCCAUGGCAACGACCUGCUGGCUAUGGAUGCCAUUCGGGGCUGUGAUGUGAACCUAAAAGAACAGGGUCAACUCCGCUGCCAGGAUGAAUUCAUAGUCUGGUGCGGACGGAGGAAAUACCUCCGCCAUGUCUUCUUGUUUGAAGACCUCAUCCUCUUCAGCAAGACCAAGAAGAUAGAAGGAGGAUACGACUUUUACAUCUACAAACAGUCCUUCAAAACAGCGGAAAUAGGUAUGACGGAAAAUGUUGGUGACAGCGGCCUGCGCUUUGAGAUCUGGUUCCGUCGGAGAAAGUCGCAGGACACGUUUAUACUCCAAGCCAGCUCUGCAGAGGUCAAGGCCGUGUGGACAGCCAUCAUAGGGAAGAUCCUGUGGAGACAGGCGCUCAGAAACAGAGAGUUGCGCAUGCAGGAGAUGGUUUCCAUGGGGAUUGGAAGCAAGCCGUUUAUGGACAUAAAGCCAAGCGAUGCAGCUAUCAGUGACAGAGCCAUCGACUAUAUCAUGAAGGGCACAGAGGCGAGGACCAGGGCGUCCAUCGCCGUGUCUUCGUUCGAUCACUCCACUUCGUUCAAGAGACCUCACUCCACAAUCUCCAACAGCAGCACCUCCUCCUCCAGCAGCCAGUCCUCCUCCUCCCUGCUGGGCUCGCUCAAUCUCCACCUGUACUCGUCGCCCUCGCACCCGCACGCGCAUCCACACCCGGCGACAUGCGUUCCCUCCUUUGCCCAGUGGCCCUACGACUGCAUAGAGGAGGAUGAGCUGGAGCACGACAGCGGGAGCCAGCCUUCCAUGAUCACUGAGAGCUCAGAGACGUCCUCCCAGUGUACCUCCAGUGACAGUGUAACAGGACUGAGUUCCCUCACUGUACCCGUGCACCGCAGCAUCGCCAUGGACUCCUACAACAACGAGCCCCCCACUUUCCUGUGCUCCGCCGCCACGGCCUCCUCCAUCGCGUCUCCUUCAAUAUUCGAGAAAGAGGACGAGCUCCAACCCCAAGGCACCAAGUUUAUCACGGCAAGCAAAGCCUGUCAUAUAGCAGUCGGCCUCUCUACUGUGGUCUGACUCAGGGCUGAGGGAUUUUAGCUCACUGUGAAGAUCCUGAAGAUGAAUGAUGCAACAGUAGUUUGUAUGUCAAGACAAUGAGACAAAAAUAACGGGAGUCCAGCUUUGCAGCACUAACACUUCAAUGGAUGAAGCUCAACUGUUGAAUGGCAUUUCAUUGUGAUACUGAAUUUACACUGACACGUGGUACGUCAGCGGUCUGUACAUUUGUUUUAAUGAGCUAGAUAUAAAUCAAUGUUUAUACUGUAGAUGAGGGUUUUUUUUAAUGUAUUUUACAUACAAACAGAAAAUAGCAGGCAGAUCUAUCUGGAGAAUAUCUUCCUUUUAUUGCCAGUAUUCUGUUAUGACAACUUUGUACAGAUGAUUAAAAUGUUUAAAGAA